UUCCAGAAAGUAUUAUUGAAGAAGCGCUUCGCCUGUCUAGUGCCUCCAUUAUGAUACGUGUUGCCAGUGAUGACUUUACGCUGACACUGGAUUCAGGUCAGACAGCUGAUGUGAGAAAAGGAGAUUACAUUGCUCUUUACCCCCAACUUAUACACUUGGAUCCUGAAAUCUACCCCAAUCCUACAGAGUUCAAAUAUAACCGCUUCCUGGAUGAAAAAGAUCAACGAAAGAGUAAUUUCUUCAAAAAUGAGCGACGGUUAAAGCAUUUCUUGUUGCCGUUUGGUUCUGGUGCUAGCGAGUGCCCUGGCCGUUUUUUUGCAGUAAAUGAGAUUAAACAGUUCCUCGCACUGACACUGUGGCAUUAUGACCUACAGCUCAGUGACUCUGAUGCCACUCUGGUUCCAGACAAUACUCGUGCAGGCCUGGGUAUACUGCCACCAUCACGAGAUGUCCUUCUCAGAUACAGAAGGAAAACCAACACCACCACAGAACAGUUAAGAUAGGAAAUGGAAGUAGAUGGAAAGUAUAAGAUGCAAGAAGGAACAUGAAGACCUUUGCCUAUAGGACAAGUGAAAUGGCAGUCUAUCUAGUUUCUAUAUGGUAAAUGAUGAUUUGACUUUGUAUGAUGGACUGAAAUCAAUGAAAACGUAGCACUCUACAUUGGCCUAUAAUAAUAAAGUCAAAUAAAGCCAAAAAU